AUGAUGGAGGAGUCUCUGCUGAGAGGCGAAAGCAGUGGCCUCAGCAACCGCCGGCGAGGAGUGUUCCGGCGUUCCGACGCUAUCACCUACGGCUCCAACUACGAGAAAGCCGCUGCGUUCGUCGAUCUGGCUGAAGAUGGUGUUGGUCUCCCUGAGCAAAUUCUUGAUUCAUCAAACUUCCAAAGUUAUGCAAGAUUUUAUUUUAUAUUCACCAAAUUCAAUCUCAUAUGGUCUCUUAAUUAUUUUGCUUUGAUAGUCCUGAAUUUCCUGGAGAAACCUCUAUGGUGUAAAAAACUUGCCACGAAUUCCUGCAGUGAUAGAGAGUAUUUCUAUUUGGGUCAAUUGCCAUAUCUAACUGAUGCAGAAGCUCUAAUUUAUGAGGGAAUAACUCUUCUUUUGCUAAUAAUACAUACUUUCUUCCCAUUGUCAUACGAAGGAUCCCGUAUAUAUUGGAAGAGUGGUAUUAAUCAAUUGAAGGUUUUCUGUCUAUUAGUUCUUGUUGCUGAUAUGCUGCUCUAUGCCUUUUACUUGUCUCCACUGGCUUUUGAUUUUCUACCUUUCAGAGUUGCACCAUAUGUCAGAGUUGUUCUUUUUGUUCUGAACAUAAGGACCCCUUCAAAUUCUGCAUUUGAAAUUGAUGUUAGGGAGCUACGAGAAACCAUCAUUAUCUUGGCUGGGAUGCUUGACACAUACUUAAAUGUCCUGGCUUUGGGAUUGCUGUUUCUUCUUUUCGCUAGUUGGGUGGCAUAUGUGUUUUUUGAGGAUACAAUACAGGGGAAAACAGUCUUCACUUCCUACGGUACUACGUUGUAUCAGAUGUUCCUUUUAUUUACCACAUCCAAUAAUCCAGAUGUUUGGGUUCCUGCAUACAAGUCUUCUCGUUGGUAUUGCUUGUUUUUUGUACUGUUUGUGCUGGUUGGAGUUUACUUUGUUACAAACCUUAUCCUUGCCGUUGUUUAUGACAGUUUCAAGAGUGAGCUUGUGAAACAAGUUUUUGAAAAGGAUCUUCUGAGAAGAACAAUGUUGGAGAAAGCUUUUCAUCUCUUAGAUACACAUAAUGUUGGAUGGCUCAACAAAAAUCAAUGCAUUAGGCUCUUUGAGGAGUUGAACAAGUACAGGACUUUGCCAAAAAUCUCCAGGGAGGAAUUUGAGUUGAUAUUUGAUGAGCUGGAUGAUAGUCAUGAUAUAAAGAUCAACAAGGAUGAAUUUGCUGAUAUAUGCAAUGCAAUUGCAUUAAAAUUUCAGAAGGAAGAUGUUACAUCUUACUUUGAGUAUUUAGCAUUCUACGACUGGCCCAGCUCAAUGAGAUUAAAAGAAUUUGUGAAGAGUCCUAUGUUUGGAUACCUAGUGUCCUUCAUUCUCAUAGUAAAUCUGGUUGCGGUUAUUAUUGAGACAACGCUUGAUAUAGAAAACAAUUCUGCACAAAAGGUGUGGCAGGUGGUUGAGUUCAUUUUUGGGUGGAUAUAUGUAAUAGAAAUGGUUUUAAAGGUUUAUGCAUAUGGAUUCGAGAACUAUUGGCGGGAUGGUCAAAAUCGCUUUGAUUUUAUUAUCACAGUGAUAAUUGCCAUUGGAGAAACUGUAAGUUUUGCUGUACCUGAUGAUGAUCUUCCUUUUAUCUCAAAUGGAGAAUGGAUUCGUUACCUUCUUCUUGCAAGAAUGUUGAGAUUAAUAAGACUCCUAAUGCAUGUCAAGCGAUACCGAGCCUUUGUGGCAACUUUCUUGACUCUCAUACCAAGUUUGAUGCCAUACCUAGGGAUCAUAUUUUGUGUCUUAUGUAUUUAUUGUUCGCUUGGUGUACAGAUUUUUGGUGGAAUUGUUAAUGCUGGAAACCCCGAAUUGGAAUCAACCGCUCUUGCCGAAAAUGACUAUUUGGUUUUCAACUUCAAUGAUUACCCUAAUGGAAUAGUGACACUGUUCAAUUUUCUUGUCACGGCAACCUGGGAUGAAGUGAUGACGAGCUACAAGGAAUUAACUGGGACUUCUUGGACCUAUUUUUACUUCAUUAGCUUCUACUUAAUUACUGUUUUGCUGCUUUUGAACUUGAUUAUUGCUUUUGUCUUGGAGGCAUUCUUUGCUGAAAUGGAUCUUGAGUCAUCAGAAACUAGUGAAGGAAAUGACAAGGAAGUUGGAGGAGAUAAAUAUCGAAAGCGGUCUAUUGGCACUAAAACACGAAGCCAAAGGGUUGACGUUCUUCUUCAUCAUAUGUUGAGUGCCGAGUUGUGUCAAAAUCAGCCUUCCAAUACAGAAACUUGA